AAUCUACUACGAUACGUUGCGCUAAGGAAAAUACGCAAAUCCGAGAAAUUAUAGUUUUUGCUGUAACUUUAUUGUCAUUUAUCUAUAAAUAUCUAAAUCAAACACACGCACGUGGUCACUAUUCGUAUCUUAGACGCUUAUGCAUCUCCAAACAUAGUAACUAAUUAUGUUUUGACUAAUAGUUCAAUUAGAAGCCGAUUUAAAACUGGUUUCACGAUUAGUGUUCAAUUGUUAUCUCAAACAUCGCUGGUAUUUAGUAUGUGUGUUUCCAACAUGAAAGAUAUAGCGUGUGUAAUAAUAUAUUUAUAUUUGCCUGUUCUGAUAUUAUGCAGGCCAAAUACCGGAGAAAUUAUAGAAAUUGAACUUCCCAACAGAAGUGGAUUUGAUGUUGAUCUGAGUGCAGUCACGCGGUUACUAAAUACUGAAGGUGCUCAAAAUGUAAUCAAAGGUGCUCAACAGUUCUUAACGCAGGUAAAUGGAAAACCUGUCACAAUAGAGAUAAUAGAUGCUGGCCAGAUGCCAAAUCAUCAAACCUCUAAUAGUCAAACUUAUUGGUCACAGCAGAAUUUCAACCGACAGCAAUGGCCACAACGUACACAUCAGAGACCACAAAGUAUGGGAGAAAAUGUUUACAUUACAAAAGAUACAAGAUACUCCAACGAUCCUAAUAUUGAAGUAUAUGAUGUAUAUACUGGUGAACAGCCAAUUAACCAGAGGUAUCCAAAUCGACGAUACCCCAAUGGGCAGCUAAUUCCAGUAGGACCGAUCAGAACAUAUCCUGACCCGAAUGUUUAUCCACCCAAUCAUAACAGAUAUCCCUAUGAUGGUAGAAACCCUUGGAACACUAAUAUUUAUGAUAAUUCUAGACUAAAUCCUACACAACCUACAAAUAAACCACGCCCACAUAUGAUGCACCACCAUCAUCAUUCUUCACCACGUCCUGCCCCCAAAGAUACUUCAAGUGAUGAAAGCAUCAUCGAAGAUUCUACAAUAAACAUUGACUUAAGCAAAGAUCAAAACACAUCAGAGAAACCGAAAAAACCCGAUUCGAAUAAUGUUGACGGAUACAUUGAUAAGUUCCCCGUUAUUUUAUUAAAUGAAAAUGAAAUAAGGAAAUAAGGAAUAUUUAUAACGACACUUUUUGUCUGUAAAUAUACUUAAAAAUAAUAUUAUUUGUGUAGUGAGUUAAAUUAAAUAUAAUAAAGAUUUUUUUAUUUA